CCUCAGGGGCUGGGGCCCGCCGGAAGUGACGCAGCGGCAGGGAGGGGCUCUUCCCCGGUCCGGCUGUUGAGGCUCCGCGGUACGGUUAUCCCUGCAGCGACGCCCCCUGGUCCCCACCGCUACCGGCGCUGCUCCCGCCCCUUCGCUCCUCGGCCUCGCCAUGGGCACCCGUGACGACGAGUACGACUACCUCUUCAAAGUUGUCCUUAUUGGAGAUUCUGGUGUUGGAAAGAGUAAUCUCCUGUCUCGAUUUACUCGAAAUGAGUUUAAUCUGGAGAGCAAGAGCACCAUUGGAGUAGAGUUUGCAACAAGAAGCAUCCAGGUUGAUGGGAAAACAAUAAAGGCACAGAUAUGGGAUACAGCAGGACAAGAACGAUACCGAGCUAUAACAUCAGCGUACUAUCGUGGAGCUGUAGGUGCCUUACUGGUCUAUGACAUUGCUAAACAUCUCACAUAUGAAAAUGUAGAGCGGUGGCUGAAAGAACUGAGAGACCAUGCUGAUAGUAACAUUGUUAUCAUGCUUGUGGGCAAUAAGAGUGAUUUACGUCAUCUCAGGGCAGUUCCCACAGAUGAAGCCAGAGCCUUUGCAGGGAAGAACACUUUGUCUAUGCAAAGGAUUGAACCCAGAGUCUCCUGCAUACUAGGCAAGCUCUCUACCACAGAGAAAAGAAUGGUUUGUCAUUCAUUGAGACAUCUGCUCUAGACUCGACAAAUGUAGAAGCUGCUUUCCAAACAAUUCUAACAGAGAUAUACCGUAUUGUCUCUCAGAAGCAAAUGUCAGACAGACGCGAAAAUGACAUGUCUCCUAGCAACAACGUGGUUCCCAUUCAUGUUCCGCCAACCACUGAAAACAAGCCAAAGGUGCAGUGCUGUCAGAACAUCUGACGCGUCUCUCUCCUCCCCCAGAAGGCUGUGUAUAGUCCAUUUCCCAGGUCUGAGGUUUAAAUAUAUUUGUAAUUCCUGUGGUCACUUUUGUGUUUGAUUACUUUACUUCCUCACACUUAAUGAAUUCUCCCGUGUCUUAAGUCUUUUGAUUUUAUCUUUAUAAAAUCAUCCACUUUGUCCCGAAUAACUGCAGUUUUUUUCCCAUGCUAUGGCUUCACUGGCCUUAGUUUAAUAAAUUGAACGUUUGAAUUCCUCAGUUAUUGUUUACUUUUCAUCAUGAAAACCUGUCUCUGUAGGACUUAGUUGAACUUGUUCACUUGAAGCUCAGACCCACUGGUCUUGAUCAAAUCAAAUGAAGAAGACCUUAGAAAUAAGCUAUUAUUUUGCCACAGAGCCACUUAGAAGUAGUCCACUCUCCUCUCAGUGCAGUGUAUAUUUCAACAAAUCUGAGACUUGCCCUGUAAACAUAGCAGGAUUUUGUGAAAAUUUUCCAUUAUUCUGGAAGUCAAUUUCUAAAAUGCCUUAAUAGGUUUAUGUAGUUUAGUACAUUUUGAUUUAAUUUUUUGUAAGCCUCAAAGUUGAUUAGAAAGGAGGGCACUUUUUUUCCAGACAAGAAUUAUCCUAAUAAACACAAAAGACUGUUACAGUUUGGGUUGGGGUUAUGGUUAUGGGGCCAAUAAGUUAAAACAGUGCCGCCUGGCAGGCCAGGAACUAGAGACCAGCAGAAUUCCUUCUGAAGGGUCUCUUCUGCAGUGAUCAGGCAGCCCAAGUCAUUUAGUUGAUCUCAUCUCCCAGCCAUAGAUUAUGUGGCAUUUUAUUGCUCAGGCAAUAACUGGUUUAAUGCUGGUAAUAUCAAAUUUUAAAUGUUAAUUUUGUUUAAAAACCUUCCAGUAAGUGAAAUACAGCCUAGUUUUAUCACCAUAUCCACCAGCAGGCAUGGGUGAUCGUUUUAGCAAUGCUUAUAUUUGAGUUUUGCAGUGUAUAAUGGAAUAUAGUCUAGUUAAAUCUUUGGUUUUAGUAUGUCUAAAGGAUACAGUGAGAGGUUAAUUUAUGCUCAAGUGGUACCACUUAAAGGCAUGUAUUCUUUAGUAUGUAAAAUGAAAUAGUACCUUGAGUUUAAAUAGAAUGCAUUUAGGCAUUAUAGAGACCUGAAGUCAUUUUUUUCCACUACAUUAUUGAAAUCAAUGGAACAACUAGUUCCUCAUUCAGAAAUGUGCACACUAAUAGUUUUACUUCCUUCUGUGGAUAAUAUUAAGCACUUCUCUGCAGUUUACUGAAUGUUGUCAACUGCAGUGAUAACUUCAGGUUGAUGGGAUAUCAAAAACUAUAUCUGUGUGGGCUUGCAUAGAUUUACUAUGUUUCAUAGUUAAUCUGUCUUUUGCGGUGCUCAUGAUGUGUGGAGUGCACGGAAGGCAUUGCUGUAGUCUGUCAUUUCCUGUGUAGCCGUUUUACUGUUUUAGUGUAUUGGUUAUAAAGAUACUAUUAUCUAUUUGUAAAUUGCUACUUUGUAUUUUAUGCAUGCUCUGUAACUUGAUUUUGUUUUUGUUUUUGUUUUUAGUUGUUGAUUUGGAAUAUAUUCUCAUUCUAAUAAACAGUUAUAGGGGGUCUAUUC